AUGGGGAGAAAAAUGGCGAGAGAGGAUGGACGCCGGCCAGAUGAGUUGCGACCGGUUACAAUCAAACGACACUAUAUCAAGCAUGCGGAGGGUUCAGUCCUCGUUGCAACAGGUGAUACCCGCAUUAUAUGUACAGCCUCCGUUAUUGACCAGCAGCCGCGGUUCAUGCGCGACCAGCGGAUCAAGAAUAAGGGUUGGGUAACAGCUGAGUACUCCAUGUUACCGCGUUCGACUUCUAAACGGAUGCAGCGCGAGAUAACCCGUGGCGGGGCCAGUGGCAGAACACAAGAGAUACAACGUCUCAUCGGUCGUUCCUUGCGUGCUGCUGUAGACUUGCACGCCUUAGGAGAGCGGACGGUCUGGGUUGAUUGUGAUGUCAUCCAAGCCGAUGGUGGCACGCGCACCACAUCGAUUACAGGCGCGUUUAUCGCACUCUGGGAUGCUUGUCAGGAACUUGUGAAA